AACUUUUGGUUCAGUCCCAUGAAACAGUGGAAAAGAUGUGCAAAAGAACAAAGAUAUUGCUGAGAUAUCACCAUUCGAUUAAUUAAUAAUUUUAAGAUAUAUUUCAGCUCUUAAGAGGCAGAUUUAAUACUAACCAGAUCACCCUUUUAACCUUUACCAUCAUGCAACCUUUUCUCUCUGUUUGAACCUUCUCUUGCUUGCUAAUUCCACCUCCAAUGCCUCUUUUCUCAAGUUUUCUUAUAUUCUUCCUUCUCUGUUUGAUCCAAGAAUGCUAUGAUUCUCAAGCUUUACAUGUAUAAAUAUAAAAGAUGCAAGCUAAAAAGAAAAAGUUUUCCUUCACAGGAGCAGCGUACGUGACUAGGUGCCUUCUCUUGUUUAACAAAUCUCUGCUUCUCAUACAUUGCUUAUAACCCAGGAAGAAAAUCAGAAGCCAAGCAUAUAAGCCAGAACCUGCCGACAUGGGAGCAAGAAGUUGGCGAUUAGUGUUAUUUUCGUUGAGUCUUUUGUUCAGCUCAGGUCUAGCUACAGCAAUGAUGAUAUCAAGGGAUGAAGAAAAUCAGGAAAUCCCAUCAUAUGAUUUUGGUACUCAAUUUGAUUCAGUUCCUAUUGUUAACCCUACAACUCCAGGCUCAGCAUAUCCAUCUCCUAUUCCCACAUUAAACCCAACUUCUCCACAAGCAUCUGAUACAACAGGCCAAACCCCAGCAACCCCCACAAACCCAUACACAAACCCUACAUCCCCUACAACCCCAGACAUGAGUCCUUCCACCCCAACAAACCCAUUCACAAACCCUACAACCCCUACAAACCCAUACACAAACCCAACAACCCCCACAAGCCCAGACACAAACCCAACAACCCCCACAAGCCCAGACACAAACCCAACAAGCCCCACAAACCCAUACACAAACCCAACAACACCUACUACAACUCCUACAAGCCCAACCACUUCAGGAGGUGGUCAAUGGUGUGUUGCAAGCCCAUCAGCUGCAGAGAACACUCUGAAGGUAGCUCUUGACUAUGCUUGUGGGUAUGGUGCAGACUGUUCAGCAAUUCAACAAGGAGGAAGUUGUUAUAACCCAAAUACUCUGAAAGACCAUGCUUCUUAUGCAUUCAAUGACUACUACCAAAAGAAUCCAGCACCUACAAGCUGUGCAUUUGGUGGAGCAGCAACACUUACAAACAAAGAUCCAAGUAAUGGGAACUGCCACUACACAUCAGGCAAAACACCAAGAGUGAGUCCACCAACAACUAUGAGCUCACCGAAUCCACCAAGUCCACCAAGCACUAUGACUCCAACUAUGACCCCACCUACACCAAGCUUUAUGACCCCAUCCUCACCGAGCACGAUGAUUCCCGGUGGAACAUCAUCAGUCUAUGGUUCAGCACCAGCAGGAAGCCCCAAUAAAGCCACAUCUGCUUCUCAUUCAGUGCUGCUUUUAUUUGCCUUAUUUGGCCUCUGGGCUUCAAUUCAUGCAGAAAACAACAUCUAGACGAGAAGCAAGGGUCAUUCCUUCUGCAUGUGAUAUGCUGGAACCGGCUCAGAACCCAUUUGGAUGCAAACCAAAGAGCACUUAUUUGAGCUUAUAUAGAUAGAUAAGCUCCAAUAAGCUUCAAUAAGUCCGUAUCCAAAAGGGCUAUUAGCUUUCCAGCAGCUUUUGCAAGAGUUCUAAGCAGAGCCAAAAAUGCCAUACUUUACUUGUUAUUACUAAUCUGAAUUCUUGCUAGUUGCUAGUACUCCCUUACAUCAAUGUAUUCCCUUAGUAGUAGCAGAUUUAGAGAUUACUGUAGACAUUUCUUCUACAGAGUUAGCAGAGCACAAUAAAUUGUUAGAUUAUCUUA